AUGGACAAGAAAAUCAAGGCAUUGCAAAUCAAGAAGAGAGUAACAGUGAAAGGACUCAAGACGCUGGAACGGUUCCAAAUUGAAUUUGUGCCCGAUUGUGCAAGGCAGAUUCCGGAAGCUUUGGAAUUUUUGGAAAGGCAGAGGUCAAGGUUCUUCAACAUAAUCGAAAAACUCGAAGAAUUGGAUGAAACCGACGCAAGCUUCGAAACGUACCUAACGGAGAGCAGUGUGAUCGAGGAUCGUUGCCGGAAGCUGAAAUCAUUCCUGCGAGAGAACCAGCUUCAGGAUGAAGAUACGCUGAACGACACAACGGGGUUGGCUUCCUCUACGCUGGCUUUUGGUCGGCCAAACGCUCCGAACCUACGCCUACCAAAGAUCGAGCUGCCAACGUUUGAUGGAGACCAUACAAAAUGGCUGUCCUUCAGAGAUCGCUUCGUAGCCAUGAUCGAAGCGUCUGCAGAAUUACCCUCCAUUGCCAAAUUACAAUACCUGCUUUCAUCGUUGAAGGGUGACGCCGCUCUACCAUUCGAGCACACCCCUUUAACAUCGGAUAACUAUUCAGUAACGUGGGUGGCACUUCUAAAGCGGUACGACAAUUCACGUGUGUUGAUCCGUGAAUAUUAUCGGAAAUUGCACUACCUUUCGGGAGUGCAAUCGGUGUGCGUCGACAAGCUUACGCACUUAGUGGACGAAUUCACUCGUUUAGUCAGCGGGUUAGUGAAGCUGAAUGAACCGGUCGAAGUGUGGGAUACGCCACUUUCGAACAUGCUGUUGAUGAAGCUGGAUCGUGAAGCAUUGAUGGCUUGGGAAAAACAUUCCGUGCAUUUCACUAAGAACAAAUACAGUGAUGUGAUCGCCUUUGUGUAG